AUGUCAUUGUGGAAGGCAGAUUACCUCGAAGCAAAGUACAAGGGAAUGACGCCCCGCUUUUCUCAUACAAAGAAGCUUUUGCGUCUGAAAAACGUUCCAAAGAAGCUUUCGGGACUCAAAGACACCGACGUUGAUGACAUGAUUCUCAGCUAUAAGCGAGAUGAAUUUGAGAAGAAAUGGCAUCUGGGCAACCGCAAACUCACCAAGUCACUCGCCGUGUACAAAGAUGACGACAUGAUUGUUGAUCGGACUCUUCUCAGAGUUUCAAAGUUAACGAAAUUACUUCUCAAUGCAUUACAAGGUUCUCAAAGAAAAGACCCCCCGGCAUGGGUAAGUGACAAAGUUCGCGACAUCAUACUUAAUCAGACCGAGUGCCAUCCGUCAACAUUUUUCAAAAGUCACGCUGAUGAUAAAGACAAGCUGGCUUUCGUGCUGAAAGUUUGGAAUGCCAAAACAAUGAAGAAGACUUUGGCUGAGAUAGAGUGGCUGUUCCGAAUGAUCAGAGGCAACAUUACAAUAAUCGAGCGCCGUAAACAUGCUAGAGACAUGGGUACCUCCGAAUCUGAUAUUCAUUCGGAAAGUGAGGAAAGUGAAGAGAAUGAUGACAAUAACCACUAUAAUGAGUUUGCCGGGAUGGUUGCUCUGGGGCUGGAUGAUGACGAUGAAGACAGCGCAGAGGACUCCUUUUUCAAAGGUGGUAGUGAUACGGACCAAGAAGAUCAGAAAUACAAUUUACCUGAGCUCAUCGGGGGAUAUGCAUCACUUUCGGAGGACGAAGAACCGGAAAAUUCCAAGACAGAAAAGAAGAAUCGACGUGGUCAAAGGGCUAGACAGAGAAUCUGGAAAAAGAAGUUUGGAAGUGAGGCCAAGCACGUAAAGCUGCAACGUGAGCAGGAAGCCAGCGAGCGUCGCCAGCGACAGCUAGAGUACGAAGAGAGAUGUCGCAAACGUGAACAGAAAGCACGAGAAGAGGAAGAGAGAAAGAAGGACAAUCCAAAUUAUAUUCCAUUAAAGGAAAAGAAGGAGGCUGUGCAUCCCUCGUGGGAAGCGAAACGAAAAGCUCAAGAGCAACUUUCUAAGGUCGAGUUCACAGGGAAAAAAAUCAAAUUCGAUUGA